AUGGUUAAAUCAGGAUCUCCGGCUAAAGACCAGAGAUUCUCUCUGACUGACGACACGACGACAAGAGUUUUCACCGUCACCAUCACUGAUCUGAGAACAGAGGAUGCAGGACAAUACUGGUUUGUUGUUGGUGCUCAAAAAACAUUCACAGGACACAAAGGAGACAGAUUUGACAUCAGAUGCCCAUAUGAAUCUGGAUAUGAAUCAAAUCCAAAGUAUUUGUGUAAAGGCGAGUGUAAAUUUGGAAAUAAAUUCAUCGUGGUUAAAUCAGGAUCUCCGGCUAAAGACCAGAGAUUCUCUCUGACUGACGACACGACGACAAGAGUUUUCACCGUCACCAUCACUGAUCUGAGAACAGAGGAUGCAGGACAAUACUGGUGUGCUGUGGAGAGGACUUUCAGUACUGAUGACUAUUCAGAGAUAUUGUUGCUGGUUAAACAGGAUAAGAGGUCAGCUGAAGUUACAACCAUCAGCCUGUGUUUAAUAACAAGCACACGUGUUUCAACAGCUCCUCUGACUCAUCAAACCCUGCCAGCACAGACGUCUCCACCUGACUCAGGUUCAUUUGUCAUCAUCAUCACCGCAGGAGGUUUGGUUUUGCUCCUGAUCUGUGCUGUAUUGCUUAUUGUGGCCAUACGGAAGAAAAAGAUAUGUGGUCUGGUUUCCUUCUCCGCUGAAGGGCUUCAUCUGACAUUCAGAAAAGGAGAAGAGAAUACUUAUGAGACAGAAAACGCAGCAGUCGUCUCAAACUCACACACAGCUCAGAGUGAUGAGGUUUCCGAAGCAGCCGACACAGACCUCGACUACAUGAAUGCUGCUGCUGCUGCAGUGAGAAACAGUGUGAAUCCAGAACUGAACACCAGUAGACACAGUCACAUUUAUCAGAGUCUCACCGCUGAUUCUCGAGAAGAGUCCAUCUAUCACUGUAUCCAUCAAACGAUGGACUGAACACUGAA